CCAAUCAACGCCCUGGAUGGAUCCCUAAAGAUCUUCCCCAAAUCCAUCUUCUCCUCCCGGCUACCGCACUUUGUUCUCUGCUACUGUUCGAAGAGGGUAAAAAAAAAACCUAUUCAUUUCCUUCCAAGAAAUCCAUUUCCCUGGAUCUCCACACAAAAAUCUGAACCCUCCCACAAAAAAGAUUGGAUCUUGGUCUUGGAGCGUUCGAUAAUUCUUCAAUCCCAUGCCUGAAUAGCCCGAUUCUUCCACUUCCCCUCCUUGUUUGCGGGCAGAACAUGCCGGUCUCCACCCGGUCGCAGAUCUCCGUCAGCCGCGAUGAAACAAUCUCGGCAGACCACCGGUCCCGGCCGCCGCCACCACCGCCGUCCAAUCAAGAACCGCCACUGCACCCAGCUCAUGGUUCGGCCCUCCUCCGGAACCCGCACCAUGGACUCAAGGAGAAGAUGCGGGCCCUGACCCUCUUCUACGAGCAGCACAAGCAGCAAUUAGCCUCCUCGAAGGACCAAUCCGCCCGAUCGGAGUCCCGGGUUUUGGCGACCCACCACCCAAGCGUGGAGCUCAUCGACUUCAACCACAAGAAGAGAGAAGAAGAACAAGAAGGUGAAGAGAAGCAGAAGAAGGAAGCUGAUGGAGGUGUAGACUUGGCGAUGAAGGAAAAUAUUGUGAUGCUAAGCCAACCGAAGGCCACGACGAAUCCCGUUGUCUUCCCAAGAACUAACGCCAAGGAGAAUCAAGAAGUGGAUGGCUGUGACCGCAUCACGGCGUACUCCUGCCCCAAGAAGUCUUCUGCGACAACGACAGCGAUCAGGAAGCUCUCGAUGGGGGGCUCUGGUGCGCAGUCCGAAGGGAGAUUUGCGAGGAGCAAGGCUGGUGGGGAGCUGGGGGCGAUUUCAGAGAAUGGCCAGUCGGGGAGCCGGAUACUUGUUUUUGUGAGGCUCCGGCCUAUGGCGAAGAAGGAGAAGGAGGCCGGAUCUCGGUGCUGCGUCAAGAUCGUGAACAGAAAGGAAGUAUACUUGACAGAGUUUGCAUCGGAAACCGACUAUCUCCGGCUGAAGAGGCUCCGAGGGCGCCAUUUUUGCUUUGAUGCCUCGUUUCCUGAUCCUACUACGCAGCAAGAAGUUUAUGCUACCACAACAGCAGAUCUUGUAGAGGGCGUGUUACAAGGGAGGAAUGGGUCGGUUUUCUGCUACGGGGCAACAGGAGCUGGCAAAACAUACACAAUGUUGGGAACAGUAGAGAACCCGGGGGUGAUGGUGCUGGCCAUCAAGGACCUCUUCUCUAAAAUAAGGCAAAGGAGCUAUGAUGGAAACCACUCAGUCCAACUUUCUUAUCUUGAAGUCUACAAUGAGACUGUUAGAGAUUUGUUGUCUCCUGGCAGACCUCUGGUUCUCAGAGAAGAUAAACAGGGAAUUGUAGCUGCUGGACUUACUCAGUACAGAGCUUACUCAACAGAUGAAGUUAUGGCCUUGCUUCAGCAAGGCAAUCAAAACAGAACCACUGAACCAACUCGAGUCAACGAGACCUCUUCCAGGUCUCAUGCAAUAUUGCAGGUUGUUGCCGAAUAUAGAGUCAAAGAAUCAGGCAAUGUUGUAUCCCGAGUGGGGAAGCUCUCGCUCAUUGAUUUAGCUGGAUCAGAGAGAGCUCUGGCGACAGACCAACGAACUCAGAGAUCAAUUGAAGGAGCCAACAUUAACCGCUCCCUCCUUGCUUUAAGCAGUUGCAUCAAUGCUCUUGUGGAGGGAAAGAAGCACAUCCCCUAUCGCAAUUCCAAGCUCACCCAGCUACUCAAGGACUCACUAGGAGGGUCAUGCAACACUGUUAUGAUUGCAAAUAUAAGCCCAAGCAAUCUCUCAUUUGGUGAGACACAAAACACUCUUCACUGGGCGGACCGUGCUAAGGAGAUAAAGACGAAGGCUUGCAAUGCAAAUGAGGAAGUAAUACAGGUGCCAGAAUCUGAAACAGAACAGGCAAAACUACUCCUGGAGUUGCACAAGGAGAACAGUGACCUCAGACAGCAGUUGGUGCGCCACCAACAAAAGCUACUCACUGUCCAAGCUCAAUCACUUGCAGCAAACUCCUUGCCAGUCCCCCCCGCCAUUUCCUCCCCUCUUCUCUCUCCACCACGUUCGACUCAACGAAAAGUCAAGCGCUCCAUCUUAACUGGGAACUGCUUCAGCACGCCUGAGUCAAAGAAGAAAUCGACCACGGAUGAUGCAGUAGUCCAGGAGCUAAAGAAAACGGUAAAAAAUUUGGAGGCUGAGAUUGCGAGGCUCAAAAAGGAGCAUAUGUUGCAGAUCAAGCAGAAGGAUGAUUUCAUCCGUGAACUGAUAACUAAAAAUGGUUUAUUGCCUUUGGAAGAAGUAGGGGAGAAGAGGGUCGUCACGAGAGCUACCUUGCGUAAGGGAGCAAGAGCAGCAACAGAAGGGGAGUUGAAGAGCCCGAGUCACCGGUUUGUAUCCCCUGUGCCGACUGCUAAGAAGCGCAGCUUCUGGGAUAUAACAACUGGUAACAGCCCAUCAGUUCUUGCGGCUAAUGGUAGAAAGACUAGAAGCCAUGUUGCUGCUGAAACCCCUCCAGCUCCUUCCAUGCUACUUCAGCUUGCAUAUCAAUGUUUCUGGUUUGUGUUCUUGUUGGGGCCUCAUAUUGCAAAUCACUUCCUUUCAGCCGGGCUUCGCUCGUCGGAGACCUGAUCGUUCCAAGCAUUGACACAAUAAAGAGGAGAAAGAGAUGCAGGGGAAAGAGAGGUCUUUUCUUUUCUUGUUUGUCACAUGCCUCGUGUAGUUUGUCAGGGUGAUCAUUUCUUGCUUUUCCACACCAUAUCUGAACCUUGUUCCUUAUUGUUCUUUGUUUUUCAGUGUAUUUAACCUAGAUUCGUCAAGAUGUAAUGAAUUCAUUUCAUCAGGAAAGGCUCAAAAUUCUUUUGGCA